AUGACAAGCAUUUCGGUUUCGGAACAACAAGUUGCCUCAAGCAAUAACGUUCUCGUGACCUCCGAUGCAACAGUGGCUUCCUUUUCUGUUUGGUCAGAGGCCUCUCACGAAGAUGGCUCUGAUGCCAGUCCUGUCUUUGCAAAGAAGACUGGGUCUCAGGAUCGGGAUGAACAUUCUGCAGCACAUUCUUCCAUACGAAAAAGCACCAGACUUUCCAUAGUGCAGGCUGUUGAAACAACAAGCAGCCGUUCUGAAAAAGUUUUAGAAGAGCUCACCAUCAACAAGCUCAAUAUACAAUCCUUGGGUUUGGUUGGAAGAGACGACGAGAAAUCUAUAUUGAAGAAUUGCUAUCAGCGACUUUGCAACGCCAACGGGGAUCAGACGCCAUCAGCACCACCUUGUUCUCAAGAAGCCAGUGCAAUUAUAGUUCCAAAUGAAUUGGUAUUUGUUCAGGGGUACAGUGGAAUUGGAAAGUCAGCAUUGGCGCGGACGAUACAAACGGAAAUAGAGGAGUCUUCGAAUGCUGUGUAUGUAGAGGGAAAAUAUGAAUUCACAUCGACGGAUGAACCGUAUUCUGGCAUAUCGCAAGCCUUUGGAAAACUGUGCAAUAAAUUCAAAGACUGCCCUGCCGAAACACGGGACAAAAUUUCAAGUGCUGUCGCGGAAAAUAUGAGAGAAGAAGCAUUUAUGCUGAUGAGCAUGAUUCCCGAGAUCAGUGUCUUUCUUGACUUGGAUGAUGCGAAUUCGAUAUGGAUUUAUGGUAGUUCCCCUGGACGAGAGCACGAACGAUGGAAGUAUGCCUUUCGGACAUUUACUCGGAUACUUGGUUCGCACUUUGCUCCGAUCAUCAUAAUGUUGGAUGAUCUGCAGUGGGCUGAUGUGUCGUCUCUUGAUAUUAUGGAUUAUCUGAUGUCAGAUGUUCAGAACCCAUAUCCAUUGAUGAUAAUCGGUUGCUAUCGAUCGAAUGAGGUUGACGAAAAUAGCAUUCUUUACAAUCGCAUCCAGACACUCCGAUGCAAGCAUCAAAAUGGCAUCGUUAAACUCACUGACAUCAAGCUCGAGAACUGCAGUAUUGAUUCUAUCAACAAGAUUAUUAUGUCAAUGAUGGGAAUCGAUGACGAUUCUAUGACGAGAGAUCUGGCCGACGUCUGUUUCAAAAGGACCUUAGGCAACCCAUUCUUCUUGAUUGAAUUCAUGAGAGCGCUGCAAGCCGAAGGCCUUGUCGUCUUUAAUAUAAUCAUGAUGAAGUGGGUUUGGGAUGUCAAAGAGAUCGAAAAUUCAACCAUGUCGGCAGCCAAUGUUGUGGAUCUUCUCAAAGGAAGGAUGCAAAAGUUACCAAAUGAUGUGCAGCUUCUCUUGCAAUAUGCGGCAUGCCUUGGGUCAUCGUUCUCUAUAGCGAUCCUAAAGAAUAUUUGGAGCCAGCAUGCCUGCAUCAAGUUGAUUCGCGCAACUGAUGACAUUGAAGACAUGCUGAGGCAGAUAGAGAAAGUCAAGCUAGUGGAGCCUUGUGCGUUGGAUGAGCUACGCUGGGUGCACGACAAAGUUCAAGAGGCUGCAUUGUCCUUGUCAGAUUUGGUGACGCCUCCUUUCCAAUGCGCCUUGGGCAUCUUUUUGUACCAGGGACUGGAGAAGGAACAACUGGAGCAACAGCUAUUUGAUGUUGCAGAUCUUGUCAACAAAGGAAACCCUACUGAAAGAUUGGAUGUUGCUGUACUAAACCUUCGGGCGGCAAAGAAGGCACGCAAAAUGGCUGCUUUGUUCAGCGCAGCACAAUAUAUAAAAUAUGCAAUCGAACAGCUCCCCAAUGAUAAAUGGAAAUUGCACCGAGUGCUUGCAUUACAGCUGUAUUCGAUUGGUGCCGAAAUGGAAUAUGCUCUUGGUAAUAUUCCCACAGCAGAAGAGUACAUUGGAAUCAUUCUAGAUCGAGAUGAAUUCACACCGAUGGAAACGCUGCCUUUGAAAAAGAUGAAAGCGCAGAUUCUAGCGACUGCUCAUCUUCGCUGGAACGAAGCGUGUGAUUUUGGCCUUGUCAUUCUGAAGGAUCUUGGAUACAACUUUGUGUGGAAAGCUUCAUUGAUUCCUAUCCAAAUGCUAAUGGCGAUAAAGAAAAUUGCCAAAAGAGUGAAGAAAAUAUCUGUAAAAGAUGUCGAGAAAAUGGGAUUUGUGGAAGACAAGAAACAGCUCGCUGCCGUCGAUAUAUUGAAGCUGAUGAAGCACCUUACGUACAGUGCAAAUACGCUCCCAUUGUGUUUUCUUUGCGUUUGUAAAGUGAUUGAGAUAACACUGGAUCAUGGCAUCAGUCUGUGCUCUGCCGAUUGUUUCGCGACAUUCGGUGGUAUAUUGAUGUUUCUUUUCAAGGACCACAAGGCUGCAUCACACAUCUGUGAUCUGGCGUUCGCUUUGCAGAGACGAAGUGGUCGACGCCAUAUUGCUGACACGAUACAUAGCGCCUGGGCUUUUGUUCUUGUGCAAACCAAACCCCUACAUGAAGGCCUGAACCUCACCUUAAAAGGAUACACGCAAGGACUACGAGAUGGCGACCCUCUGGAUUCUACCAAUUGUCUCAUCAAUCGUUUCGUGCUGCUUCCAUACAUGAUGGGCCGUUCGCUUGAGUCAAUCAUUGAGCAAUUUCCAAAGAUAGCUCCACAGUUGGAAGAAUCCGGAAUCACAAAUAACAUACUCACAUUGAAGGUUUGGUGGCAAAUGAUGCUGAAUCUGCAGUUGCCUCCAAUCGAGACCUCGAAGAAAUUGGAAGGAGAGAAGUUCCGUCAAUCUGAGGAGAAAGCUGAAAGCAACAUGUAUAUUGGUAAUGUGAAUCUUGCGAUUGGUGAAUUAUUGCUAUUCUUUGGGGAACACGAGGAACGGGCAAAGCGUCUACUCGGGGAAGAGAAGGGAAAGACGUAUUCAGAGCUUGUUCAGGGAUAUCCUCCGCACGGGAUCGAGACGUUCCAUCGUGGCAUCACCUGGUAUGCCAUGGCUCGAAAGACUGGCAAUCGAAAGUACAAGUCCAGGGCCACCGAAGUGAGAAAAGAGAUUACAAAAUGGGUGAAAAAGGGGAACCCAAACGCAAAGGAUUAUGAUGUUUUCCUGAGAGCAGAGCAGGCAGUAUUGGACAAGAAGUACAAGAAGGCGAACGACUUGUAUAAGCAGGCCAUUGUUCAUGCUGCUCGGAUAGGUCACCUUUCCCAUGUUGCACUGUACAAUGAGAGGUUUGCCGAGUACCAACUUGAGGUGCUCGGGGAUGUAGACGACUGCAAGUAUCGCAUGGAAGAAGCGAUUAGAUAUUACACUGAAUGGGGGGCAACGGGCAAGGCAAAUCAGCUGCGACAGUCCCUAUCAAGCAUCACUGACCUCUUUUGGCUAAUGUAG